AUGACGCUGGCCGCCCUGGAUAUCGGCUUUGUCAUUCUCAUUCUAUCAAUCUAUCUAUGGCUUCUCGUAUUCUACAUCGGCGCUACUUUUGUCCUAUUGCACUUUAGCAAAAAAGUUGCCAGCUAUCAAUCGAAGAAAAUGCUUAAAAUGCAAAAGAUUGCCUUCUGGUUGCUGAUCAUUCAGGCGGCCGGUUGUUUAUUCCCAGCCGGUUUAACUAUGAUCAUUCUCACUAUUGCUUUUCUCACCGAGUCACCCGGUGUCACAUUAGCUUUCAACUGCAGCUAUUGGUUUCUAUUUACCUCUUUUGGCUUUGUCUACCCAAUAGUGAUAUUGCUAACAACAAGACCAUACGUGAACUUUGUACAAAAAUUCAUCUCGAUGCAAAUCAAUCUUUCUCGAACAACAAAAGAUGAAAGUCCAGCCAAGACCUCUUGGGCAAGUCCCAGCAAGGCGAAAGGCCUCUUUGACAGACGUUUUACUAUGAUUGGACCGGCUCGGGUGAAUCGAGUAAUAAACAGC